UCUGAAUCGGUCUUUGCUUGCCCUGCCUCGCGCCUCCAGGUCCGCUGCACGCUGACUGGCCACGAGCUGCCUUGCCGGUUGCCCGAGCUCCAAGCCUUUACGGCUGGGAAGAAGUACCUGCGGCUGAGCAAGGUCCCGGGCGUCUUGGACUACAGCGAGUACGAACCGCACAUUGUGCCAAGUACCAAAAAUCCCAAUCAGCUCUUCUGCAAACUUACCCUGCGCCAUCUCAACAAGAUCCCGGAGCACGUUCUCCGUCACGUCCAAGGCCGGCGCUAUCAGAAGGCGCUCCGACGAUUUGAAGAAUGCCAGAAGGAAGGGCUGGAGUACGUUCCGGCGUGCCUCUUGCAGAAGCGGCGAAAGCUGCGGCAAGAAACAGACAACAGCCUUUGGGAAGGGAAGGGGAAGCCUAGGCAGAGAGGGGCAUUUUGGGAGCCUCCCCCCAGCGAUGAAGGUGCCAGUGACACAGAGGAUAGCCUGAGCGACCUGUACCCAGCUAAACUCUUCCCAGAAAAAAGUGCCACCAGCAAGGAGACCCCCAGUGACUUUAUGAGCGACAGCGAUGAAGAGGUUGCGAAGCCAGUUGUGGAAAAUGGUAGCUUGGCCGAAGCGAUGGAAGUCGAUUUGCAGGCAGGCACGAAAAGGAGAAAGAAGCAAGCGGGCCCUCGCAAGAAGAAAUUCAAAAGGUGGAACAGAAAAUCUAAAAAGCUUUGGAAAAACAGUUAACAGGAAUCAAGUCUUUCUCUUGGGUCAAGCUCCAAUUUGUUUAAUGUGGCAAGACUACCAUUGGAACUCAGCGUUGCAUUCUCUUUAAGCGUGGUCCUUACUUUCUUUGGAAAAACUCUAUAUGUGUAGUUGUAUUUCAUUUAUAUAAAGUUGUUCAACUCUA